AUGUUCCCGUACAAUGGUAUGGUAGCGAUUAAGCAUACUCCAAUAUUGGCUGCUGAUCAACGUGAAAUUUGUUUUAAUUAUAACGGUAACCGUGGUUGUACCAAUCACGUAUCCCAAUGUACACAGGUUACACAGGAGGAAGUCGAUAAUGGAUUCUUAUUAGGGCGAUUCAAUUCAUCACCUUUUCCAAUAUUUCGAUUACCACCAUUAGAAUCAGUCUUUGGCAAAUAUAGCGGUAAACCUCGCUUGAUUUUAGAUCUAUCCUGGCCACAUGACGAAAACAAUACUUCUUCUAUUAACGACUUAAUUGAUAAAGACGAAUGUUCUACGACUUACUCUACUAUUGAUCAAGCUAUUCAUGCUGUUCUUAAAACUGGUUCUAAGGCUUUCUUAUGCAAAUGUGAUAUAGCUUCAGCUUUUAAGCUACUACCUAUUUCACCAUCUCUUGUUCCUUCCUACGGUUGUCAUUGGAAUGAUCAACUUUAUUUCUUUGUUGGACUUCCUUUUGGUGGACGUAGUUCGCCUCGUAUUUUCGAUUGUUUGUCACAGGCUGUAGAAUGGACUCUGUUGAACAAAUGCCAUAUGCAAUACUGCCAACAUCUGCUCGAUGUUUUUCUUACUGUUGACUGUUCUGAACAAGAAAGUCUUCGCACUAUGGCUAUUAUUACAAUGGCUUUCAAGAAGUUGAACAUUCUUUUAUCACCUUCCAAGACUAUCGGUCCUGUUGCUAGUCUCGAAUACUUGGGGAUUAUUCUAGAUACUGAUGUUUUUGAAGCCCGGAUUCCUGUUGAUAAAAUCAAUCGAAUGUGCAACCUUAUUCAUCAAUUAUCUAGGAAGAAGCGAUGCACUAAACGAGAACUUUUACAACUUAUAGAUCAUUUUAAUUUUGCCACACUAUCAUGUUCUGUCGACGAACCGCACUAUGAUAUACGCUUGGGUAAAGAAGCUCGUAUUGAUUUAUCAAUGUGGGAAGAAUUCCUUAUUCAUUGGAACGAUCGUUCUUUAUUUCUUGAAUCUUCUCCAAUUACAAAUGUUGAUCUUUGUUUAUUUACUGAUGUAGCUGGCAGUUACGGUUAUGGUGGAAUAUUUGGAUCCAAAUGA